UUGCUAACUAGCAACUUGGGAGUUGAUUAGGUUGGUGCUAUAGUCACGCAACAUUUGGUGAUAGAUAAUCAGCUAACAGUAAUAGCAACGACAACAAAGGGAGUACACUAAGAUCAAAUGAAGUGCUAGAUAUAUAGCUUGCUUUCCUACUUCCGGAAUUACUUAUUUGAUGUUAGCAACAACCUAGCCAGCCGAACAGCUUGAGUCGGCGCCCCAUACUCCGGUCUCCAGAUACUGAUUCUUGAACAGUUUCGGCGUUAUAUUUCCUGCACUGAACGACAGAAGUUGUAGCCCACGCUCGAAAAUGGUGGAAGUGUUUUCUGGACGAACUCUUUUGAAUAAAGAAAGCGUAGUCGUUGACCCAGAGGAGGCUCUCAGAAACAAAGUAGUUGGUUUGUAUUUCUCUGCGGGUUGGUGCCCACCUUGCCGCGAUUUCACUCCCAUCCUGUGUGAGUUUUACACGGAUCUGGUAGAGGAGAACGACCCGCCUGCUCAAUUCGAAAUAGUCUUCAUUUCGUCCGACAAGUCUUCUGAGGAUAUGAUCGAGUAUUAUCACGACAUGCACGGAGAUUGGUUGGUCUUACCCUGGCAUGAUCAAUAUAAACACGACUUGAAAAAGAAGUACAAUAUCACGGCUGUACCAAAGCUAGUGAUUGUGAAGGAAAGCGGAGAGGUUAUCACAGACAAAGGAAGAAAACAAAUCCGAGACCGAGGGCUUGCAUGCUUCAGGAACUGGUUGGAGGCGGCAGAAAUCUUCCAAAACUUUAGGGGCUAGGAACAGUUAGGAUUUCAGUAGAGUUGCAGGGUUUUCUAUGCACAGUAGUUUGCCGUUGAAGUGUGUUGAAUAUAUAAUAUAGAUAUAUUUUGAAACAUUUUACUAAUUUUCUAAUUUGUUUUAUUUAAUAUGUACGGAAGAUAUACUUUAUUUAGUGGGCUUAUUUUAUACGCUAAGACCAAUAAAAAAAAAUAUGACAUGAAACCUAAUGCAAAUGACAUUAUGACAUAAAACGUAAGGCAAAUUAGUUUUUAACACUUUUAGGAAGGAUGUAAGCCACUUAACAAUAGAGGAAGGGGUGAAAAUAGGAUUCCUUUGUAGAAACAGGCUCAAAAAAACACAGGACUUUGUGCCUGGCUAGUUCUCACGUUCUUCAUGUAUCCAUAUUGUAGAAUCAUGUGAGCUUUGUUAAUGCACACAUUUGCAUUGGUUAACACCCACUGCAGAAACCCAUUUAGAUGCUGCCUUCCCCGGCUAGGGUGUUUUAAAUUGCUUCCGAUCAGAUUUAAUUGUAAUAAUAAGAACUGUGAAAACCCAGUAAAAUGAUGCAUUUGUGCAGACAAUGUCAAGACAGCACACCUCUUCAUGGAGCAAAGAAAUGGAGAGAUUAAAAGAUGCAACAUUAGGGUCCAGGUCCACCCCUCAGUCAAUGAGUCAAAUGCAACUCACCUGUGAAGGUGAUACAUCAGAUGGGCAAAUAGCACUGCAUAGGGUGAGUGUUUAAAAAUGUGCAAAUGUAUUUACUUAGGCUACUUCAGUGGAUUGAAUCACCUUUGUACUGUCUGCCUGUAUAUGGAAUGUUGCAAAUACUUCUAAGGAAUUCAGGUCUGCAGUUAUCAAAUUCAUUAAGUUGGUUCCUUCUACACUUUUAAGACAUUGCUCAUUGACAUUGUUUCAUUUAUUUCUGCUCUUAUGUUAAUGUAUCAAAUCCAUGCAUUUCAGCUGUUUUGUCUGUUUUGACUUACCCUAGGCCGUUCCAAAGAAAUAUUACCUGACUGCACAGAACAGAUUAUAUUUUAUAAAUGUUUGUAUAUAUGGUUUAUUAACUGUUUUGUAUUGUAUUGACUUCAUCCGGAAAACUGCGGGAAUGCAUUUGGAGAAAGGGAAAUAAUCUACAAAAAAAUGUAAAUCCAAAACGAACAAAGAAUGUCCACUGAGAUAGAUUAAAUGUAUGGCAAUGGACAUUCAUUAUUAAUAAAUGUAAUAUUUAUUUAUAUAUUUUUAUUUUCAGUACAGUUUUAGUCUGUAGAAUUCUAUGCAAAUCUGCCUCUUGAGCAAUAGUGUGAGAAAAUUAAAUUCAACAAAUAAACACUGAAUUUGCACAGCA